GUAUUUUCUUAUGAAUAAAAGGCAAUCUUUGUAGCCAUUAAAAAGGGCUGAUCGAUAUUUGCUGUUGCAGUCCAGUAUUUUUUCACUUCACUUCCUGGUUGCCGCCAUGGGUGUGGGACACGAAUUGUCGCUCCUGCUUAUUCUGGUGAUAUAUAUCGUGCCGUCCUUAACUUCCCCAACGUACACUGGACACGUGUGCACGUAUACCUUGGUAGGGAGAACAACCAGAAGUUAUUAUUCCACAUACAGGUGUGGGUGGUGGAGUAGGUGUGGGAGAACAACUUAUUAUACAACCACACACACAGAAUAUCGUCAAAGGUGCUGCACUGGUUGGACCUCUGACUCGUCAAAUGCCUGUAUUAUCCCUGUUUGCAGUGUCAGUUGCCGAAAUGGUGGAACUUGUGUAGCACCCAAUACUUGUAGAUGCCCUACUACACACUAUGGCUCUUACUGUCAGAACAGUCAGUGCUCUUGGCAGAAUCCUUGUUAUCCCGGAACAUGUGUCACCGGCAACAAUUGCAGGUGUGUCACCGGAUUCGGCGGGCCGCAUUGUGCAACAAUGAUCACAAACGUGCAGACUCCGGGGUUCACAUCUUGUGAGGCCACUCUUAGCGACCGUAUUGAUAGCCAGGAUCACCUAGAGGCCACUGGCCGCUGCCGAAUUGCAACCACUGUCUUCGUCAAACAACAAGAUUGGAACCACGUGAAAGUGAAAUGGGCGAGUGCGUACAGGUUUUCUUCGCCGCCGCCUGAGCCGUCUUACAUUCGCAGUAUGGUACUCGGGGUCGUGAGUGGGAACGUGUGGCUUAGACUGAAACGAAGGGAUGCGACGCCGGUUUUCUCACGGUAUAUCGUGUGUAACAACGGUGACAGUCGUGACAACCCGAACCAAGGUGUAUCCGACUGUAGCGUUGAGCAUAGCUUCACGCACGCGGUGAGGCACGGUGACAGAUUGGAAGUCGACAUGUCAACUGUCAAUGGUGGUUACAAAGAAGUGGUCAACAAGGAUGUCACCCCUAACAGAGUAACAAAAAGGUACUUCACUGGACGCUCGGCAACCAGAAAACUGACUUUUUUCUUUGACUAUCAAGAGCCGAAACAUUUGUGCCGUGACAUUGGCCUAUGUUCAGAGACUAACUCUACCUUGAUGUUGACUGUUGCAAAAAUGAAUGGCCAGGUUCAGUUAGAGAUCCAGUGGGCAAACUGGGUUGACGCCCUAUCCGGAAUUGCCAAUUACAAUUACACGAUAUAUCGUGGCAACACUCAAGAUGGUUCUGCCGUGGUGUCUGGACAAUGGAAACACGGGGAUCCAUGGAUAAAACAGUAUGUGAAUAGCGGAUUAUGGUCCGUGGUCUUGAAAGUUUCAGAUAGGGCUGGGAAUGAGGCGAUUGUAAUCAAGGAGAUAAAUGUUGGAGACCACCUCCCCACUGUGAGCCCAAAUUUGUGUGUCGGAAAAGAUUGCUUUCCGGGAUUCUGUGUCCCCGACACUGGUCGUUGUGUGUGCACUGCUGGAUUUAGUGGCGAGAAUUGUAAUACAAUCAGUGGAAAAAUCCAGGAGCCUCAAAUUAAGACAGUGCGGAUUUCACUGAGUGGAAUAAACAAGCGACCCUUUAACUAUAGCAACACUACGGAGACUUCAAACCUUGUCAAUGUAUACACCAAUAAAAUCAACUUGACAGACCUAAUGCUGUCGUGGCAAGCUGAGUACGAAAUGAUGGGAGAUUUACCAUCAAGGCCGUCGUCUGUGUCUGACUUCAACGUAGGGCUGGUUUUGAAUAAAGCUGACAUAGAGGUGGUUUCCAGCGAAGGAACUGUGCAGAAGGAGGCAAGUUUUUCCUGUCCAGUUAAUUCAAGCUCAACCUGUAAUAAAACACACACUCUGGCCAGCCCCAGAAUGCACAACAGCAAUUUGAAAAUAACCCUGGAAGUUAAAAAUGGAGGUUACAAAAUUGUGUCUGGAACCAGAGUCGAGUUUCAGGGUAAAACGGUUCAGCGCCAGAUUAACAUCCGUUAUGAUACCGAGGCUCCGUAUUUCUCCUGCUCUGCUGGUGCAAGGAAAUGUGACGAUGAAGAAAUGAAAGUGAAAGUAUCUCAGAUUAGUACCGAUGGCAAGAAAGACAUCAUCCUGACAUUAACGUGGGGAGACAAUUGGAGAGAUUCUCUAGCCGGCAUAGAUUACUUCCAAUACAAUAUAUACAACUAUCCUGGCACUAGAGACAUUGGUUUAGAUGACGCCCCAAUCUAACGGCUCCUGGGUUGAGGGGGAUGCUUAUCCAA